GGCACACUUCUUCACGCCAGAUCGUGGAAUUCAAGGCUCAUCAACGGCAUCGUUGGGAGGUCCACCAUCUGAUGCUUUACAAAUUGCUUAUCCUGAAGUAGAACUGGCCAAGAAAAGUGAAUGCCCAGCUCCCAACGGUGGCCAGCUUUUAGAGUUCCAGGUGCAUCGGACGGGAGGCCGACCUCGCCUCUCUUCUACAUCCUUUGCAACUUCAACUCUGUCAAUGUCAUCAUUAUCGCUGGUUCUGAAUUGAGGUCGAAAGCUGGGCGUAUUGGAUUUUGUCGCGUCUUACAACAUACUGGAAUAAUUUGAUCAAUUCUCUGGUUGUCGCCUUUGUUCGCAAUGGCGGCGCAUGAUCCGCGCGACUCUCGCGAAAUCCCCGGACUGCCCUUCCAAGGUGACCAGGCAUUUAUGCUUCCUCCCAUUCGACGCGCCCGAGUACCCGAGCGAGAGAAGCGGACCUAUAGGGCUUGCCUACAUUGCCGACAACGAAAAAGUCGCUGCGACUUAUAUGGAAGCGGUGAACCAGGAAAACCACCCUGUGAGCGAUGCAUUCGAGAGAAUCAUGAAUGUGUUCUCGGGCCCUCUCAUCGCGGGGGUAGGAGAAUUAAACGCAGCACUACAGAAUCAGAGCAACCGGAAAAUGGACCUUCCCGCAACGAGUCUUCGAGUGAAGACACUGGACAGUCUUCGGUUCCCCCAGUCCAACAGGAGAGCACACGUGAAGAAAGGGAAGAACCCUACCAUAGACGUCUACCAUCAUGGCCGCAGUAUACCCCAGGGUCGAGGAGUACACCAGCACCUGGCCCAGAAGCACCAACUUCUCAUCCGAGUACGAAGAUGACUGUUGACGAGAGCAUUGUUUCGACCAAUCUGCAGAAUCCAUCUGAUGCACUUGAAUUUCUGGCCAAUGUGGCAGGUCGCAAUGAAGGAGGAGCGGCACGGACACCUUCUGCGCAUGGCUCGAUGUAUGCAAGGUCUCCAUAUCAGAGUGGCACAGAACAGCAUGUGGCGACACCGUCUUCUGCUCAUCCCUCACCAUCCGUCAUGCAGAUCUCAUUUCCUCCUUAUCAGAAGGGUCAUGUAUCUUUAGGCAUGAUGCACGCCCUCAUAGACCGUUACAAAAUGAAGUACCACCAAUUCUACUCAGUUGUGCCGCCUUUCAUGCUGGAAGCAGAGAACCUCGCGGCCAAUUCAGUACAUGAGCCCUACCUACUCGCUGCUGUAUGCACCAUAGCGUCCAAAGAUGAGCCAUCCUGGUGGGACACCCAUGAAGCUUGCUCGACUCACAUGCAACAACUUAUUGCUGAGUUGAUGUACGGUGGUAUUGCCACAUUGGGAGCUGUCGAGGCGAUGCUAGUGUUGGCCGAGUGGGUGCCGCGACCUCCACAGUCCAUGACUGCAGUCGGUCGAGGCGAAGAAGAGCAGACCGCUUGGAUGCUCUCUGGUAUGGCCAUCAGGAUGGGCUAUCUCCUAGGCAUCGAUCGCACAGGCUUUGUGAAUGAGUCUGAUCCGGACGCACCGGACUACAUUCGGAAGCGACUCGCCUGGGUGGGAUGCUACAUGAGCGACCGUCACAUCUCUGUGCGUGUUGGCAAAGCUUUCUGGAGCAGAGGUCCUGCCAUGAUCAAAUUCUCGUCACGCGACUUCCAGGAUGUCAAGUACCCAGGAAAUCCCACGGACAACUUCGCGGCUCUAUGCGAAGCCCAUCUGGAACUAACCCAGCUGUUCAGCAACGCUCAUGAUGUGUUGUACUCCUCGAAGAACAGAAGUGCACAACUAAACUUCGGUGGGGAGUAUGUGAAAUACAUUGAUGACUUCCGAGAAGCCAUGAGCGCAUGGUAUGACAGGUGGGGAAAACUAUCCUGCACUUCGGUCAUCAAGGCAGCUCUCAUCAUAUCCUUCGAGUAUCUUCGACUAUACGUCAACGCUUUCGCAUAUCAAGCUACGCUGACCCGUAUGGCGCAAGACUACAGCGACCAACAGAAGUCACGAGGUCCUCAACGUCAGAGUGGGCAGGUAGCAUUCACCGAUUUCAUCGCAGCAACUCCAGAUGCACGAUUCAUCUAUGACUCAAUUGACUCUGCCAAGAAGUUGUUGACUAUCUCCAACACAUUGCUGGAUCCUACGACGGAGUUUCGAUACAUGCCACUGCGGUACUAUCUCUACGUAAUCUACUCGGCUGUCUUCUUGUACAAAGCAAGAUCGACUGGAGUUUUGGGCGCAGAUGGUGGAGACGUAAGGAGGACUGUGGGAGAAGCUGUUGAACGACUACAAAAGGCAAGCUCCUGUCAAAACGAUGUUGGAGAUCGCUACAGCAGAAUGCUGCGCCUGCUAUGGCGUAAGCCUCCCCCACAACCAUCUGCGCCGAUCUCGAAUGGGAACGAACAUGCAUACCAAACACCAUCACAGAAUGCUCCGGUCGCCGCAAGGAUGGAGCAACAUACCCACAUGAACAUCGACCAAACACCGCAAGCGGCUUACAAUAACGCAUUCACCUUUUCAUGGCUGGAUCUGCACGCAGUCGGAGACUUUGCCACCAACAAUAACGGGAGCAUGAUGGAUAGUUAUGAAAGCUUGGAUGACGUCUCUGGAGAGCCUGCUUAUGGACACUUUGACCCCAAUUUUGUACAAGGACAACAACAGCAAAUGGGCUGGAACGUUUUCUCGGCUCCUGGCAUAAUUUUCUGAGUCAGCGAAACGACACGGCCACUGCGCGAUGUCUAGAACUCUAAUUGUAAUUCUAUGUACAUCGAUCUAUCCUAUACUUUGUCUAUUGUCAAGACUCUCUGGUCUUCUUCUACAGCAGUCCCAGAAUACUGGAAGUGUGCAGGACAGAGAAUGGCCGUCGCGAUAACCGCGAAACUGCAAUCUUCAGCGAACUGCUACAAUACCUCCAGGAUUGUGGUGCAACCAACAGGU